AUGAAUUGCUCCACAUUACUAUCUCUCAUGCUGAUGCUGGUUCAAGUUUGGCCUUGCUCUCCAAGCACACAGAACCGCAGUGCUCAAAACGCAGAUCAGUCUUUCACAGCAGUUCAAAGAGUGAAACGUAGCUGGGUAUGGGAGCCACUUUUUGCAACUGAGGAACAGACUUCAAUGGUGCCUGUGUAUGUUGGACAGCUGAAAUCAGAUUUAGACAAGCAGGAUGGCAACCUAAAAUACAUUUUGACUGGGGAGGGAGCUGGAAGCAUUUUUAUCAUUGAUGAAAAUAAUGGCAAAAUUUACGUGACACAAAAGCUGGAUCGAGAAGAGAAACCCUUCUACACUCUAAGAGCACAAGCAAUUAACAGAAGCACUCAGUUUCCUGUUGAACCUGAAUCAGAAUUUAUUAUCAAGGUUCGAGAUGUCAAUGAUCAUGAACCACAGUUCUUGGAUGGACCUUAUGUGGCCACCGUUCCAGAGAUGUCACCUGAAGGUACUUCGGUUACACAGGUAACAGCUACAGAUGGUGAUGAUCCUACUUAUGGGAAUAGUGCUCGUCUGCUUUACAGUCUCAUUCAGGGACAGCCUUAUUUCUCUGUGGAACCAAAGACAGGUGUCAUCAGAAUGGCUUCCCAAAUGGAUAGAGAAACAAAAGAUCAGUAUUUGGUCAUCAUCCAAGCCAAAGAUAUGGUUGGGCAAACAGGGGCAUUUUCAGCAACAGCCACUGUUACCAUCAACCUCUCCGACAUCAAUGACAAUCCACCUAAAUUUCAACAGCGACUCUACUAUAUGAGCGUCUCUGAAGCGGCUCCUGUGGGCACUACUGUAGGCAAAGUCUUUGCAGAAGACAGCGACAUAGGGGAGAAUGCAGACAUGAACUAUUUCAUUGAAGGGGACAGCUCAGAUGUUUUUGAUAUCAUUACUAAAAAUGAGACUCAAGAAGGAAUUAUCUUAUUAAAAAAGAGAGUGGAUUAUGAGAGCAAGAGAAGAUACAGUAUUCAAGCAAAAGCUGUAAACAGGUACAUUGAUGACCGUUUUCUGAAAGAAGGACCAUUUGAAGACAAAACCAUUGUCAAAAUCAGCGUGGAAGAUGCUGAUGAACCUCCAGUUUUCACCUUGGAGAACUAUGUGAUGGAGAUUGCUGAAGCGGCUGUGAGUGGCUCAUUGGUGGGAGUUGUAACUGCUAGAGAUCCAGACAAUGAUGACUGCCCAGUCAGGUACUCUAUUGUCCACGACAUGCAUUUAAAGAGAUUGUUCAGCAUCAAUGAACACAAUGGAACAAUCAUUACAACUAAACCUCUGGACCGAGAGAUAGCUUCUUGGCACAAUGUAACUGUUACAGCCACAGAAACAAGAAAUCCUGAAAAAAUUUCAGAAGCAAAUGUAUAUAUCCAAGUUCUUGAUGUUAAUGAUCAUGCACCAGAAUUCCCUAAAUAUUAUGAAACAUUUGUUUGUGAAAAUGCAGUUUCUGGCCAGCUAAUUCAAAGCAUCAGUGCAGUGGAUCAAGAUGAUUCAGCAGAAGGUCACCAUUUUCACUUCUCAAUGGCUCAGGAGGCCACAAACAACUCACAUUUUACUAUCAAAGAUAAUCAAGAUAACACUGCUGGAAUUUUCACAGCAAAAAGUGGCUUCAGGAGGCAAGAGCAGUUUUCUUUCUACUUGCCAAUCUUAAUUCUGGAUAAUGGAACCCCACCGCUGUCGAGCACAAAUACUCUUACUAUUACUGUCUGUGACUGUGACACUGAAGUUAACACCUUCUACUGUCGAUAUGGAGCUUUCAUGUAUGCCAUGGGUCUCAGCACAGAAGCUUUAGUUGCCGUUUUGGCUUGCAUACUAAUACUCCUAGUGUUCUUUUCGGCAAUUGUAGCCAUAAGGCAGCAGAGGAAGAAGUCCCCCUUUUUGGAGAAAAUGGAAGAAUUCAGAGAGAACAUUGUCAGGUAUGACGAUGAAGGAGGUGGCGAGAGGGACACAGAAGCCUUUGAUAUUUCAGCACUGAGGACCCGCACUGUCGUGCGAACACACAAACCUCGGAAGGUCACCACCGAAAUCCACAGCCUCUACAGACAGUCUUUGCAGGUUGGCCCUGACAGCGCAAUCUUCAGGCAAUUCAUUUCAGAAAAGCUUGAAGAAGCGAAUACAGAUCCUAGUGCUCCUCCAUAUGACUCGCUUCAGACCUAUGCAUUUGAGGGGACUAGCUCUUUGGCAGGAUCCCUCAGCUCUUUAGGUUCAAACAUGUCAGAUGCGGAUCAGAGUUAUGACUACCUUACAGACUGGGGACCUCACUUUAAACAUCUUGCAGGCAUGUACACUUUCCAUAGAAGUGUGGGCGAUUAA